AUGUCUUCAGGAAAGAAAGUAUCAUUUUCGGCAGGUACUCAAGUUAAUGAAAUUAAUGGUAGUGGGGGAAUUAAAACUAUUCAGCCUUUAGAUAUACAACAAAUGCAAUCUAAUCAUGCUAAGACAUAUCCCCUCGGAAAUAGUCCUCACGGAUUUUACAGUGGUAUGAUGAAUUUUUUUGGAGUGUUAUGCGGAACAUUGGGAUCGAUUCCAUCAUGUUGUUGUUUCCCUAAUCCUUACAAAAGUGUUGAUCAAGGUUACGUAGGAUUGAUUUCACGAUUUGGGCAAUUUUACAAAUCUGUUGAUCCGGGGUUGGUCAAAGUAAAUGUCUUUACGGAAAAACUCGAGAAAGUUGAUGUCAUGAUCCAAGUCAUGAAUAUUCAGACACAAACAAUUAUGACAAAGGUGAUUAAUCCCUAUCAAGCUACCUUUGGUAUUACUAAUGUUCAAAAAGCCCUUUAUGAUCGUGUUUUAAUCAAGGAUAUUCAAUUCACACCGGGCUUACAAUCUUCCUUUUCUUCGGCGGCUAUGCAAAAGAGAAUUGGUGAGAGUAAAGUUAUAGCUGCUCAGGCUGAAGUUGAUUCUGCAAAAUUCAUGAAACAAGCUGCCGAACUUCUUAAUUCACCGACUGCAAUGCAAAUGCGAUACCUUGAAACAAUGGAUACAAUUUCAAAAUCUCCUGGCGCCAAAGUCAUCUUUAUGCCUUUCGGUUCAUCACAUGAUGGUAUUCCCGGACCAUCUACUAAUAGCGCUAGUAUGCUUAAUCUUGCAAAUGGAAUGAAAAUCAAAAAGAUUAAAGCAAAAAAUAAAAAGAGGAAAGUGAGAAGCGAGAAGGGAGUGGAGAGAGCAAAAAAAGUAAGGAACAAAGGAAAAGGUUUGAAAAGGGAAGGAGAAGGAAAUCGUCAGAAUUGUCCAUCGCCAAUGCCGAAAUCGCUGAAAUCACCAUUCUUAAGGGUAGAAAAUAUGAAGCGAAGCGAAUAG